CCGCCCAUUUCUUUUUAUUUCUUUUCUUGACUCUGUUCAGCCUCUCACACACACACACACACACACUUACACACACACACACUUACACACACACAGGGUUUAUUUUGUGUGUGAGGAUUAAAGUCAUGGCGUUCACUCUGCACGGCGCGGUGAAGAAAAAAGUCUGUUAUUAUUACGACGGAGAUAUCGGUAAUUAUUAUUACGGACAGGGUCACCCCAUGAAGCCUCACCGAAUCCGCAUGACGCACAACCUGCUGCUGAACUACGGCCUGUACCGCAAGAUGGAGAUCUACAGGCCUCACAAAGCAACAGCGGAUGAAAUGACAAAGUAUCACAGCGACGAUUACAUCAAGUUCCUGCGCUCCAUCCGACCAGACAACAUGUCCGAGUUCAGCAAACAGAUGCAGCGCUUUAACGUGGGUGAGGACUGUCCGGUGUUUGAUGGACUGUUUGAGUUCUGUCAGCUCUCUGCAGGAGGUUCAGCAGCCGGUGCGGUGAAGCUGAACCGGCAGCAGACGGACAUUGCGGUGAACUGGGCGGGAGGUUUACACCACGCUAAGAAGUCAGAAGCGUCCGGGUUCUGCUACGUUAAUGACAUCGUACUCGCCAUACUGGAGCUGCUCAAGUACCACCAGAGGGUGCUGUACAUCGACAUUGAUAUUCACCAUGGCGACGGGGUGGAGGAGGCGUUUUACACCACCGACCGCGUCAUGACCGUCUCCUUCCACAAGUACGGAGAGUACUUCCCCGGCACUGGAGACCUGCGGGAUAUCGGUGCAGGUAAAGGUAAAUACUACGCAGUGAAUUUUCCUUUGAGAGACGGAAUAGAUGACGACUCAUACGAACAGAUCUUCAAACCUGUGAUGGCGAAGGUGAUGGAGAUGUAUCAGCCGAGUGCUGUGGUGCUGCAGUGUGGAGCUGAUUCUCUCUCAGGAGACCGACUCGGCUGCUUCAACCUCACUAUCCGCGGCCAUGCUAAGUGUGUGGAGUAUAUAAAGUCGUUUAAUUUGCCGAUGUUGAUGUUGGGUGGAGGGGGUUACACCAUUCGCAACGUCGCCCGAUGCUGGACCUACGAAACCUCCGUCGCCCUGGAUACCGACAUCCCUGAUGAGUUGCCAUAUAACGAUUAUUUUGAAUAUUUUGGUCCGGACUUUAAGCUGCACAUCAGUCCAUCUAACAUGACCAACCAGAACACACAGGAGUACAUGGACAAGAUCAAGCAGCGUCUGUUUGAGAACCUGCGCAUGUUACCCCACGCUCCUGGGGUUCAGAUGCAGCCUAUUCCAGAGGACAGCGUUCCUGACGACACCGCGGACGAGGACACGGAGGACCCGGACAAACGCAUGUCCAUCCGAGCGUCAGAUAAGAGGAUCGCGUGUGAUGAAGAGUUCUCGGACUCGGAGGAUGAGGGGGAGGGGGGGCGCAGGAACGUGGCCAAUCACAAGAAGGGAGUGAAGCGAGCGCGGGUGGAGGACGACAGGAAGGAGGGGGAGGAGAAGAAAGGAGUCUCUGUAUUACGGUUUCCAGAAGUGAAGGAGGAGGAGAAACCGAAGGAGAUCAACUCAGAUAAACAUGACUCAAAGAGCGUAAAGACUGAGCAGACCAGCAGUACCUGAGGCCACCAGCAGGGGCACUGCCUGUCUCGCCCUCGUUAUAUUUAUUACUAAAAGAAGUGUGUGUCUGUGUGUGUGGUUCUGAUCAGUGAUGCUGCAGCAGGUCCAGCAGGGGGCGCUGUUCAUUUCCUUCUCUUUUUUCUCAUGUUUCUUUUUCUUUCUUUUCUUUUUUUUUUUUUUUUUUUUGUAGAAAGUGUGUGUGUGUGUGAUGUCAUGUUGACACACAUGCUGAUCGAUGAUGUCAUAUUUUUGUUAAACUCUGAUAUUAAAGCUGUUUUAUACUUUUCUGUG